GGCUACGGGAGGAGAGGAGUGAGGCAUGCAGCAGCCACACACUCUCUCAGUUAGGCAAUUGUUUUUCCUCGAGCUCAUUGUACCACUACAAGAAUUUGUACUAUUCUUCUGAUUGAUUAGAAAAAAGCCUUUUUUCCUCUUUUUUGAAGACAUUGCUGAUUGACUUGAAAAGGAGUUUUCAAACUUUCCCCCCAUAAUUCUGUGCUUCUUGUAUGAUAUCCUGAUCCUGUUAUAAUCCCACGUUGGCUGCCGUUGUAUGUGAGUGCCGGAGUGGUUAAGGUUGGCUCGCUGUUGUGCCUCUGCUGCCAAAGUUUGGAGAAGGGAGCUCUGUGCAAAAUUUGACUGUAGUGGCGCUCAGAAAGGGGGGAGGAACCUCAGAGGAUGGUUUGACCUGGAGGAGAGAGCGAUCAAGUCUUGUGGAGUGGCAUCCUCUCUGCUGUGAACACAGAGAAGUCAUCGGUUAAAAGGAAAAGGGAUUCUCAUGCGGGACAGCAGCAGAAGGUGUUGGAUUUGACUUCGACAAAUCGCAGAAAAAACAUUUAUUUUGCAAAGAGGGAGAUUUUGUUUUGUUCUGUGAGAGAAUUUUUAAGUUUUUGCUUCACUUCAGUUUUUCAUCAUGGCUGGGAUGUAUGGAUGCUUCAAGAGAACAAACAGUGAAAGUGCUGCCAUGGCAUCAGGACCUCCAGAUGUGACGACCAAUCAGGAGCCAGCUGAGGUCGUGGAAGAGUGCUCAGGAAAGAAGAAGUCCAAGUUCCAGACGUUUAAAAAAUUCUUUGCUAGGAAGAAGAGAAAGGAGCCGCCAGCCGCAGGAGCAGACGCGGGGCUCAAAGCCAGCCAAUCAAGCGACAAUGUCAGCAAAACAUCCGAAAAUAACACGCUCACUCGAUCAGAGAAGGAUAAGGGCUCUGGGUCAAAGAUCAGCCUGGGCAGCAAGGCCUUGUCACAUGACUCUGUGUUUGUCUCUGACUCAUCGGAAGCCAACGAGGCUCUGGGGGCGUCACAGGACAGCAUUCAUGGGAAAGUGAAAUCACUACAGCUCCAGCUGAAACAGGCCAUCAAACUGGGCUCUCCUCCGUCCCUCAUGUGUGUGAAGAGAACGGAUGAUGCUGGAACCAUGUCUGAGGAUGACGGCCUGCCCUGCAGUCCGCCUGAAUACACAACACUUCACACAGCCAUGAGUCAGGCUCAGAGGAAUAGCUCCAUCAGUCUGGAGGGAAUAGACAGUGACGACGACCAGCUGUCUUGUGCUGCCUCCAGCAGAGCGGUGAGCCCCCUGGUGGUCCCGGGGGACUUCAGUCAGCCGGCCAGUCCCUUCGCCUGUCUGGAUAACUCUGCUGCCAAACACAAACUGCGCCUCAGACACAAAAACAGGAGGAAACCUGUCAGUAAACUGGAGAUCAAAACAGAGGGAGACUCUGUGGUGGAGGAGAUACUCGAUACCUCCAUAGUGGAAGCUCUGGAGGAGCGAGAACAGAAGACAACAGAAGAUGUCGGUGUUGAUGAGCUGAAACCAAAGGUGGAGAGGGAAGAAGAUGAGGCAGAGGAGGAGGAGGAGAAACCACAGCAUCCCAGACUAUCUCUGUUGAGAGAUGAGGAGAAGGAGGAGGAGGAAGAGGCAGAGGAAGAGUUGGAAGCAGAACAGGAUGUUUCUCACGACCCAGACUCUUCCUCUCCUCCUGCGCCGAAUCUCUCAGAGGACGAAGUGCCAGACGGCCAGCUCCUGGCCUCCUCAAAGCCCAGCUCGAGAUCCUCCUCUCUGGACAGUCCCAGAGCCACACCGGAGCCCCCUGCUGGUCUGAGAGAGUAUCUGAUGGACCCUCCAGGCACUGCCUAUGGAACAGAGGAGAAAGAGGUUGAAGGCGACUUGGCGCUGAGCGGAGAAGAAGAUGGAGUCCAGGACAACCGGGAGGAGGAGAGCUCCUUCUUAGAGGAGGUGCUGAGCUCCUUGAAGACUCCCCUCGCAUCGUGCUCGCUGGGUGUGGAGACUGAGGGUGCUGUCCUGGCGAUAGAGGAGGAAGUCAAGGACAAGGAAAAAGAAGAUUUCAAGCUAGAGGAAGGAGAGGAGGUGAAUGAAGAGGAGGCAGAGGUGCAUGAGCCUGUCAGUUAUCAGGCUGCUCCUGCUGGCUCCAUCCUGUCAGAUCGCACCACAGAGGAAGAGGAAGAGGAAGAGGAAGAGGUAACCACUUUGAGCACUCCUUCCUGUCAAGAUAUUGAGAAAGAGGAGAAAGUUGAAGAUAAGGGAGAGGAAGCAGCAGAGGAGGAAGAAGAAGAUCUAGUGGUGGAACAGCAUGGUCAAGGGGAGGAAGAGGAAGUCAAGGAGGCAGAGGAAGUCACCCCAGUGGAAAAAACUGACAUGCUUACAGGAAACACUGUCAACCAGUCGGAGGAAGAGGAGAGAGAAGAAGAAGAGAGUCAGGGAGAAGAGGAGGCGAUAGAGCUGGAGAAGGAGACGGAGGUAGAGGAGGAGGGACGGGAGAAGAGGGAAGAGGAAGAAGUGGAGGUGAAGGAAGCAAAGGAGAGAGUGGAGGAGGCAGAGGAAGCGACAGAGGAGGAAAGGGACGACGCAGAAGAGAUGACGGAGACGUUUCCUCAUGCGGAGGAUGAAGAAGUGUCCGUGCCGCUGCAGGAGGAAGACGAGGGCGUAGAUGUUGCGGUUGGAGAUGUUUGCAUGCCACAACACACAAACGAUGACGUAACAGAGCUGAGUGAGCAGGUAUUUGCCACAGAGCAUGAAAGUCGAGAAACUUUCAGUCAAAGCUUUGGAGAGGAGAGGAUGGAGGAAGGUGAAGAGAUUGACCUUACAGGAAAAUCAGAGCGAGAGGAGGGCGCUGAAGAAGAUGUGGAUCAAACUGAGGACGCUCUGCAGCAGAAGGUUGAAGAAACAUCCCAUUUAGAUACGAAGCAGGUGGACAACGAUCAAAAUGAAGCCACAGAACGAGCCGACGUGUCCUUCAAGCCUUUGUCUCUGUCUCUUCCAGAGUCGCACAGCAAGACUCAGCAGCAAGAGAGUGGAGCCAUAACUCCCAGUAAGACCAGCACUACCACUCUCCACAUUAAUCUGAUCUCUCCAAGCUCCGAGAAAGCCUCUUUCUUUCCACAGUCUCCAACUGCAGCACAUCCCAAAGAAUGUGGGACACCUUGUCCCCCUGAAGCAGCCACCGAGCAAAUUACAGUGUCCACAGAAGACGAAAAAGCAUCUGUGGAAAUGUUAGAAGAAGAAAACCAGUCGGCCCAAAAAGAAGAAGCUACACCUCCUGGCUCAGUGGAGGAAGAGGUCAAUCAGCCGUCCUGUGCUUCAGAUCAGAGCAAAGCUCGCUUCACUAUCGCCCCCGCCUGGCAGAGGUCACUCUCUGUCGAGGAUGCUCCUCCCUCCUCCCCGCCUGCCUGCGUCUCCUCUCUAUCGUCCGCCGUCACAGGAGGUGUGGAGGUGACAGCUAAGAAGGAGCCUGAAGUGAGAGCAGAGCCAGAGAGUUCAGCUAAGGUUGAGCUGGUGUUGAGCCCCAGCAGAGUGAGGAGUGCAGGGAGCAUCAGUGCAGCGUCUCCGUCAUCUGCUCAGCCUCAGAGCUCCGCUGCUGCCGCCACAGACGAAGGUUCCAUCGUCGUGGAGGGAAACCCCGACAAUCCAUUUGGAGUUCGCCUGAGGAAGACAUCGACUCAUUUCCGCUUCAGCACAGAGGAGGAACACACAGAGCCUCCGAUGGAGCCACCAGCUCAGCCAACCAGCUGUAGUGGUGACUCACAGCAGCCAAUCAGUGCAAAGCCCUCCAUGAGUCAGCCAGUCAGUAACAAACCAGCUCUCCCGAAGAAACCAGACGUACACGGAGACAGCGGAGUAAAAAACAAGCGCCUGUCAGACCCAGCUGCAGCUCGUGGUGUUUCCGCUGGAUCUGAUUCUCCCAGCUGGAUCUCUGUGGCCAAACAGAAACAGAAGAUCUAUAAAGAAAACUCACUGGAGGAGAUCACUGUCAGGAAGGAGGAACAAGAGAGGAAGAGUUCACUGCCAAUGUAUGUCAGCUCAGCUGUAAGCCGGGAACACAGCAGCAAACCUGCUCAGUCCACCAGCAAAGUGAGUCAGCUGGAGAUCAGUAAGCCUUCAGCAUCUACAGAGAAGGAGGCCAGAAGAGCUCUCUCUCCUCCAACUCCAGUGCCACCUCAACCUUUCAAAUCCCAGUCGCUCCCCUGUCCCGUCGCUCCAAAACCCCAGCUGCCCUCUGCCACCACUGCCAAACACCCACCCCAACCUCACUCUGCCCAAAGAUCCCUGUCGCCUCCCAUUCCCGUUCCCCUAAAAUCUCCCCCUUGCACAAGCCCAACAUCUCCCACUAAUGCUGCCACCUCAUCAAAGACUCCCUCGCCCCAGAGCACUACGCUUACAUCCCCUCCGUUUUCAUCGAGAACCGCUCCGGAAAAGUCACGAGCUCCAGGGCUUUCCAGCCAGAGCCCGGCCUCCCAGCGAGGCCUGCCUCCCCCAGCGUUGGCCCAGGAUGAACCUCCCUGGAUGGCCCUGGCCAAGAAGAAGGCCAAAGCCUGGAGCGAGAUGCCCCAGAUCGUUCAGUGACGGUAUUAUCUUGUACAUAGGCCCAAGCGGGUCGGAUCUGAAAGGGGGUCGAUGUGGUCCGAGAGUUGGGAUGCACCAGAAUGCAUUUGCACACAAAGAGUUUUCUGUUGUUCUUCCUGGUUUUUGUCCUGGCUUCAGUCUUCAGAUUGGUCCAAAUCCUCCAAUCACAGCUAAAGACAGGCUCAGUUUAACUCCUUUCUUAAUGUCUGCAUGUUGUACAUUCAUGUUUUCUAAAUGACAGGGUCAGGACGCCAAAUGGUAAUGCGUCUAACUUGAGGUGGAUCCAUAUUUUUUCAAGUCUUAGUUGUGUUAAAAUGUGCCUGAUUGAGAGGAAAUACCUGCAGUCUCACAGCAGAAAGUAUACGUUUUUAAAGUAACUUGAUGAUUCAACCCGAUAACCACCUAAUAUUUCAGGGAAGACAGAAUUGUUUUAUAAAGAGGAGACUUUAUUCACAAAAAGUUGGUUAAAAUGUCUGUCUCUGUCAGUGUUUGUGUGUGUGUAGGCAGUGAUACAAGCUCACAUUUUGAGGAAUGUGGAAAAUAUUGUGUCCAGAGAGUAAAAUGAAAGAACAUCCAAGUCAAGCAGUAAAAACAUUUUGCUGAACUAGUUGCUGCUUGUUGUGACUUUUGGUCGAAUAUGCUGAUCCAUGUUCCCUCAAACUGCUGUGUGUGUGUGUGUGUGUGUGUGUGUGUGUGUGUGUGUGUGUGUGUGUCAGAUUCUUUAGACAAAUAUUUCUUGUAACAUGAUCCACUGACACCAGUCUAAUGUUUGUUGUGUUGGCGAGUGCUGAGUGUGUCCAACAUGUUCCAGGUUGUCAAUGUAAAUUGUAUUUUUAAUUUUGAUAUUUUGAAUAUAUAACUACACAGCGUUUGUUAGCAUCCUGCAGAAAUCUGUCAUCUCCAAAAAAGCAUCUGUUUACGAAUCAAGGAAAAUCAUCAUCAUUGACUUUCAUGUGUUUUUAAUAUUGCAGAGUCAGUAUGUUGGCAGUGUGUUGUGGGCAGUUACAAAACAUUUUCCACUUACAACCAAACACGUAAAUGAAACAGAAAUCAAUACAUUGUUAACGAGUCACUUGGUUUGCUGCAGGAUCCAAAACAUCACUAAUGGAAAGCACAGCUGAAAGUUUCAUUUGUAUCAAUUAAAUGUAUCUCACAGUACCUAUACAUGUGUUAUGCAUUGUUUUAUUUUGUAUUGCCUUUUGAGAAUUUGUCUUGUACAUAAUAUGUGCAAUAAAGAACAAAUUAAAUCCA